AUGAUUUUUUCUCUGAUAUUUAUUGGCAUUGGCGCCUUAGUAUUGGUGAUCACCUCGUUCCGUAUUGAUGUCGAACCUGCUGAUGCGAAUCAAUUGAACAUAAACGAAGAUCAAGCACCGUUAUUCCUAAAAAACGCUGUACUCCAGUAUACCGAUAGUACCGCGACGAACAACCUGUAUAAACCGUACAGCCUGUUUGGCGAACAAUUAUCCCACAUUUCCGAAGAAGACGCAAGUAUGCUCCGACGUAUGACAAGUAAUGCGGCAAGUUCAUUGUAUCGACAAACGAGCAUAUCCAGCACGCACUCCGCCAUGUCCAAUACCACCACGACGGGCGCUUACAACAACCUUGCCUACGACGAUCUCGCGGCCGAACACGGCCCUUAUACGAGGAUGUCACGGACGGUGGUGUCUUCGAUGGAAGUGGCGAUGCUUCCUUUACCAUCUCCCACGAUGCCAAUGAUUGCUCUCGUGUUACUGUUUAUUCCGUCAAUUUCCUUACCGGACGAAUCCCUCCAAUGGACAACCACGACACUCACAGGGUGGAAAAACAUGUCCCUGCUUAUCAAUAUGAUGCUUCUCGGGAUGGCUCGGUCCAUGGUCAACACCUUCUUAUUGAUCUUUCUUUACGAUACAGUCCAUAUUCCCAUGUAUCAGAUUGGCAUCAUGAUCAUUAUUCCUGUGGCAAUAGAUAUAUUGCUUCGAGCAAGUGCACAACAGUGGAUCUAUCGAUGGAGUUUGACGACUGUAACCAGUUUCAUCCAUAGCCUCUUGAUCAUAUCUAUUUUUGGCUUUUCUUGGCUGCGACAGGAUUCCAUCGGUACACAAAUUGCCAUGGUGCUGCUGCAGACAGGUCAAGGUAUCGGUAUGCAUCUGAUCUGGCUAACUGCAAGUAACCGAAUUAUGGCAUGGAUGCGAACCGAUCAACAACUCAUGCUGCAACGAGCGAAAAUGUCAGCUUUAUACAGCAGUCUAGGACCCGCGUUCGGUGCAUUGAUUGCAGGCUUUGUUAUGCAUGCACAUGACGCUCAUUUCAGAGAAGGAUUUACUUUUCUGUGUCAGUGCGCCAUCGGUAUGCUUGCUGGUAGUUAUGUUCUAUCAUGGGGGUGGACAUUUGAUGCGUAG